AUGGAGGUUGUUAUAGGGCCAAUCACACAAAUUCUGAAGUUCGUAGGGCAACUGUUAUGGAGAUAUGUUUUGUAUUAUAGGCAACUUAAUGAGAAUAUGGAAAUUCUCAAAAGAAGAUUGGCGGAUUUAAAUAGUCAAAAAGAAGAUGUUGAAAUAAGGUUGAGAAGACAGUGUCAUGUGGGGAAAUUACUUAGAGCUGAAGUCAACAAUUGGUUGGAAAAUACACAAAGGAUUAAUAAUGAAGCAGAAAAUAUUGAAAGACAAGUUAAAAAGGGGAAAUGUUUGUCACGCAUAUGUUUUGGGAUGGUUGUUGCUAAGAAGAUUGAAAUAGUGAAAGAACAUUACUGGAAUGGUGCAUUUGAGAGCUUUGUAAUUGAUGCACCUCUAGCUGCUAGAGACGUACUACCAACAACAACAUUAGUCAGUGAAGCAACUGCAAAGAAAACCAUGAAUGAGGUUUGGGAAUUUCUAAUGGGUCAUGAGGUGAUGAAGAUAAGAGUUUGCAGGGUGGGGGGAGUUGCUGGAAACUUGCUAAAAAUUCUUAAAGGAAGAAAGAUUGUGUUGAUAUUAGAUGAUAUGUGGGAGGCAUUUCAACUUGAGGAAGUGGGAAUUCCUAAACCUACAAAAGACAAUGGAUGCAAAUUAGUGAUAACAACUCAUUCACAAGAUGUAUGUCAUUCCAUGGGUUGCAAAAUAGUACAGGUGAGGACUUUCUCAGAGGAUGAGGCAUUGAGGUUAUUCAUUGAUAAAGUGGGAUUUAAUAUUUCGGAAGUUCCAACUUUAAAAGGCUUUGUGAAACCUGUGGCCGAACAAUUUUCUGGUUUACCCCUAGCAAUCGUUGCAAUAGUUGGUUGCAUGAGGGGAGAAUAUAACAUUUGUGAAUGGAGUAAUGCAUUCAAAAAAUUGUCUAAAAGCAUACUAAGUGUCAAAGGCAUGGAAACAAAUGUACCAAGGCAAUUACAAUUCAAUUAUGAUCAUUUGAACAGUAAAAAGGUGCAACGUUGUUUCUUAUAUUGUGCCCUUUAUCGUGAAGACUUUCAUAUCCCAAAAGAGGGACUGAUAGUUUAUUGGAUUGCGGAAGGACUAGUAGAUGAAAGGGGUAGUUUGCAAGCAACAAAUGAUGCGGGUUAUUCUAUACUGAAUAGACUUAUAAACAAUUGUUUGUUGGAGACUGCUGAUCAUGAAAGGUGCGUAAAGAUGCAUGAUCUUACAAGAGACAUGGCAUUGCAGAUUACAAGCAACAAUCCUUUGUUCAUGAUAAAGGCCGAAGAGGGAUUGAGUGAAUUACUAGGGGAACAAGAAUGGAAAGAGAAUCUUGAGAAAGUUUCUUUAAUGGGUAAUUACAUAUCAAAAAUUCCGUCAAAUUUGUCCCCAAAUUGUCGAGCUCUUUCCACUUUAUUGCUACAAAGAAACCCCUUAGAAGGCAUUCCUGAAUUGUUCUUUGUAAACAUGCUUAGUUUGAAGAUUCUUGAUCUUUCUUACACACAGAUUGCGAACUUGCCAAAUUCCAUCUCCAACUUGAAGAAUCUCACAGCAUUAUUACUUAAUCAUUGCGAACAAUUAUCAGAGGUUCCUUCUUUAAAGAAACUAUCAGCACUUGAAAAUUUGGACCUCGGGUUUACAUAUAUAAUCGAAAUGCCAAAAGGUAUUGGAAGCUUGACAAAGCUUAGAAGUCUUGAUCUUAAUCUACCUGCACCAGUUGUGUUGCCAACUGCAAUGCUUCACACACACAAGCAUCUCCAAAAAUUAAGAAUAUAUUACGGAUCAAUAAAUUCUGAACCAGUGUUAACAUCAGAAGAGGCAAUUAGAUUCAGUGAUCAGGCACCGAAACGUUACCGUCUCCAGGUGGCAUCAUGUUCAGAAGAAGUUCCGGUCUCUGAAUUCUUCUCUCUACCAGAAUAUGGUGAUUACUUCCCAAAUGUAGAAGGUGUUAAUAAAUUUGUAACAUUAUAUACAGUUGGUGAAGGAGAAGAUUUGGUUGUGCUCCCAACAAAUGUUCAAUGUUUAAUGGUAAGAGUGUGUCCUGAAAUAAGUGACAUAAAGGAUCUAAUGCUAGGCAAUUAUCCUGAUCUUAAAUUUCUGUAUCUGAUGGAUUGUUGGAAUUUGAAGAAGUUGGUCUCACCAAAGUUGUUGCCGAAUUUACAAAACUUGGAAGUGAUUGAAGUUUAG